AGGAAGAAUGAGUAUCUUACGUAUGGCUUCAAAAGUGACAUCUCAAAUCGUGGAUCAAAGCUGAUUUUCGUACAUUUUCGAAUGCUCCUCGAAGUAUUCACAAUCCGAAUGAUGCUAAUAUGUGCGCUGAACGAUGCGAGUGACGUGGAUGCGUUGAGCCGUGCAUUCAGUUUUGGCUCUUGUGCGUGAACGAUUGAACAGUUUUUCCGCGUCCGUAUUUUUCAACUUCCGCCAUGGAACAGCCGAAGGAAUCGCAGCCUGUGCAGGUUCCGACGAUUCCUCAAAGUACCGUACCUUCCGCUCCUACUGGACAUGUUUCGGCGAUACCUCAUGUGAGGCCAGCCGAAGUCUCAAGUCCACACAAACCGGCAGUUAUCCCUGGUUCGCCGAUGCCACCCCGACCACCUGUUCCUGUAGGAGCUGUUCCCGUGGCUCAGCCACCAAACAACGACACACCAGCCAAGGAAACCUCUGUUGCAUCCUCUCCGAAGAAAACCGAAGUGCCGCUCCUAAGUGACGCGCAUCCACCAAAGGUUCCCGCGGUUGCAAGUAUAUCAGUUACUUCGCAACCAGCUGCAUCGCGAGCGCCGCCUGUUACUGCAAACACAGCAGCACCACCUGCGAACGCCUUGAAGUCGCCAGUUUCCUCGCCCGUGAAAAAUUCGCAAUCAGUGCCACCUGCUUCCAGUGAACCAAAGCUGUCACCUCAGAAAGUACCGGACGUGACAGCACCUGCAGAUGCCGCGAAGGCUUCCCCGGAUGAAAAGAAGGCUCCAGAAUCGCAAGCCAAGCCUAAACCGCCUGUUAAUGUGCCUUCUCCUGCAAAACCAGCUGUGGAAAAUCGGAACUCGAAAUCUCCUCCAAAGCUCAACAAGCCGGAUGCUAACGCAUCACAAGCAGUGAAGCCUCGUCAACCCGCACAAAAGCCUGCAGAAGUUCCAAAGUCGAAAGAAGCAUCUGCUCCGUUGAAGGACACUGCGGAGAAAACGAAGGCAUCCAGUCCACCGAAGGCUACUCCUGCAUCGUCUAAUAGUGGAUCAAAUGCCGCGCCUAAAGUGAUUGCUUCGCAGAACAACGCGAAACCUUUACCAGCUCGGAACUCAUCGCGCAAACCGGUCGAAAAAUCCCCUCCGGUUCCAGUGGCGAAGCCAGCAUCGAAGCCCACUGUUGCUCAACAAAAGGCCGCUUCCGCAAAUGCCGCCGCAACACAGAAAACACAGAAUGCAAGCGCUGCAUCGCCGAGCACGAAGGUACCUGGCAAACAAGCUAAGCCUGCGAACAACGUUACGGAGGAGCCGAAAAGUGCCACCCCAAAGCCAGGGAGACGAGGUCGUGCUCCACUCAACGACUCGACCCGAAAGGCUGAGCGGACAUCGACGCCGGGAAAAGCUACGGAGCGAGUCUCUGAUGAUUCCCAUCGACCGAAAAGGGACCGAAAAAUCACUCAAGUGUUUCAAAGCCCCGUUCCUGAGUUUGAGCACAUCCCCAAGGAGCUCCUCCAAACACCAAAAAUCACCCCCAAUAAAGCCAUCACCGUUUUUUACAGGAAUGAGUUUCUCGCCAUCCGGAAUCAAGAAGGCGGCUUCUAUGUGUGUCAGGCGCUGCAGAACAUUACGAAGUUGAGCAAAAGAAUUAAGAUCAUGUGGCUUUCCGACUCCAAAGACGGUUCAGAGAAACACGUGUACACGCCUGAUUUUCCUGAUGUCACUGAAUUUGAAUGCAUUUUGUGCGACCUGAAAAUGCAGCGUGUCAGCAAAGACGUGUACAAAUUGCCAAAAGAACAGCAGCAGCGCGCCGAGAACAUUUUGAAGCGCUCGUUGGACUACGAACAGUCUGGAGGAGAGUUGCCGAAGAUGAAUGAGGAACAUCCUGACGGGAUUGAUGUUUCAAUCCUGAAAGACGAGGCUCAGUUGUCGUUAUCUGGCAAGAAGGAGAAGCCUAAGUCGGAGCACACGUCGCCCGUGUCGACAGAGAAGGGGAAAACCCCGACGCGGGUUGGGCGAAAAGCACCCGAAACCCCGGUAUCUGGCAAGCGAAAACGGGCUGUCCAGGAAUCCAGUGAUGAAGAUUCGGACGAAUCGUCCGAUAUGGAAUACUCCCCAAAGCGACGACGAGCCGAGCCACCGGCGUCAGCCAACAAACGGAAACCCCCAGCAAAAAGGCAAAGCCCGCCUGCCAAAAAGAAAGCGCCUCCUCCUCCUCCUCCUGCUGUUCUCACUGCUGCUCAAAAGAAGAAGACGCCGUUGCCAUUGCCCAAGAAAAUCCCCCAGAAAACAUCUGUCCCCGUUGCGGUGAAGAAAGCUGCUGCUGCAGCUACGCCAGCGAAACCCGUGGCCAAUACGCCGAAGAAACCCGAAACGUCUGCCCAAAAGCGACCUCGAAGAGAACUCGUCGCUGUCGUGGAGAAUAAGGAUACUACCAGUGACGACGACGAUGACGAUGAUGAUGAUGACGACGAUGAUGACUCCGCUGAUGAGCCGCCUGCAAAGACCUCUCGCGCUUCUGUGCCAGUAGCAACGGCGGCGAAACAGAAACAGCAACCUGAAUCCGCACAGAAGAAGCCUGCUCGUGGACGCGGUAGUGGAGGAAAUAUUUUGAUCGGGAAUUUCAUGCGAGGAGCGAAAUAA